CAACAAGUAUAGCAAGAACAUUGUGUAUUUAUUGUGGCGACGGUCUGGUGCAGCGGGUCCAUUUCCGGAUGACAUGCGGGAACGGUUGGAGCUAGAUGUGACUGAGCCCCUUCCGAAAAACUGGCAGAAUGACAAGUCUUUCACCACUUCGUUAAACGAUUCAGUCGGUGCUUCCAUGAACAUCAACUAUGCGCCACUCAGCAUUGCUGGCCAGGACCGCGUCCCGAAUUCAGCGGAGGGCUUCGACUUUCCAUGGCAAAGCAGCGGAAUUUGGAUCGUGUCGCGUGCUGACGCGCAGGCUGCAGGAGUGAAGGCGCCGCAGAAGGAUGCGAAUGGUGACCCAUUUGUCGUGACGAAGAUUCUAGGUGUAGUGAAGCCGCCUAAGGAUGUGAAGAAUUAUGGCUUCAUUUAUAAUUCGUCUUGAGAAGCAUUUAGUGGACACUUUUCCUAAGUGCUGUGGGGAAAGCACGCCAAGGAUGCUCUCCAAGAAGCAUUAAGGUAAGCGCUAAAAGAAGCAAGACCAGAAGUACAUGGUAAGAGCCUACUCGCACCAACCGAAUGCUGGAACCGCAGAAGCAAGAAAUAUUCUUUUGAUGCCGAAGAAGCUGAAGAUGAGUGCAGUCACACAAGCGAGUCUAGACCCAGCGACGAAGACGAAGAUCGCUACGUUUUUUUAAGGGUUGUAAGUUGACCUAUAGAUACCUCCCUAUGAGUAUGAGCAUCUCUAUUGCAGGCUUCUGCACGUAGGAAAGGGACAAAUAUAAGUGCGCGCCACGACUAGAUGGGGGUCAACUUUCAACCGCUAACUUUUCGCUAGUUCAGAUCACCAUCACACGACUCUUGUCCGUUUGCAGAAACGGGUCAGGAGGACACUGAAGAACCGCGACACAGCAGCCAUAGAGGAGCACGUGAGACGCAUGCAGAGAUGGCAUCCCGAACUUUCCCUUGACGAGUGCAGGGAGACAGCGGAGAAAGCCUUACGAUACCGCAAACAGGUGAUUGCUUCCGCGUUCAUGGCUAGCAGUGUUGCGCACGACGAAGGCAGGAUGAUAUCUAGUGGUGCGGCUGGUGCUGAGGGUGAAGCAGGUGAGUUCAUGUCAAUUGAGCUUGGUACUGACGACCAUGCCCAUUCUCACUCUGCUGGCAACAGAAGCCCCCAUCGCCAUAAAGUAGAACUCCUGGAUGCGUUCCGCCUAGGUGUCAGUCCUCGUUUGACGGGCACGCAACUGCUGAAGAGCUCUCGCUUCCGACAAGCCAUGGACAUAGAGACCAAGGUCUUCUUGAUGGAGACCGAGAAGCUUUUAACACGAGUACAGAAGGUUUUAGACGACGCCAUUGAAGAGCGCUCCGCGAUGGCAGACACUAGUGACAAACGCGAUGACGCGCGAAAAGCAAGUAAAAUUAUGGCUCAAACAAUACAAUUCAUUUCUACAAUGCAUUUCUUGCAGUUUCCUUCUUGGGAUUCUGAAGAAAUGCAGGCAAGAAGUGAAAUGCUUUCUAACGAAAGGCGGCAGAGAUUAGACGGCCUGCAUGAGGCCAUGGAUGCAUUGGAGUUUCAAAAACCUUUAUGCUUGGACUUGAGAGUCAUAUUUUCCGUUAAAAAGCCGAAGGGAGUACAAUGGAUAACACUGGUCACUACCUUCUAGGACUCUCCGUUUUAAGUUCAAGACGCAAGACACUUGUCACUACCUACAGGACUCUCCGUUUUGAGUUCAAGACGCAAGACAAAACUUUAGAUCACUCUUUCCCUUCUUAGAAGUUCUAUCUCUAAGAUCUACUUCUAAGAACUUCUAAGUUCUACUUCUAAGUCAGAAUUUCAGAGCGUACGUUUUUCUACCUCUAACCUCCGCCUGCCUCGUCGCUCUAUCACGGUGUGAGGACACCACAAGAUUGCCAGCGCAGUUGCAAGCAGGCCGUAGCAAAGCUCUGAAGGCCAUUACAGCGCAGGUCCACGCUGCGGCUUUGACUUGUGUGGAAUUGUAUCGACAUCUUGGAGGUCCAAGCAGUACUCUGACUCAACCGAAGACAGUGGAAUUGGAUCAGGGACACGGUGGACCGGUGCAACAGUCUUCGCCAACAUCUCUGGCUCUUCGAGAAGCGCAUACUGGAAUUCGGAGUUUGGUCAUGCAGAUCCUCGUGUCACAGAAAGAGUCUUCCUUGAGUGGUGAAACGUAUGCAGAGUGUGACUUUCGUUUUGCGCAUCUGGAGAGGACCCUGCUGUUUGUGAGUGACUUGUUCACGGCCGCUAAGAAGGAAGCUGCAGGGGGCGGGGGAGGGGGCGCUGGUGCUGGGGUACUUCGUUUGCAUUCUGCGAAUUCCAUAAAGUUGGUUCUAAAUUUCACAAGUUGUUAUAAAUAAAACACAAUAUAAUUGAAAUAAGAAGACAGCAGUUGUUGUUCAUGGUGGAUGCGCACGUGCAAGCAAAUGCAAAUUUGUUUCAUGGCUACUUCGGUAUGUACUCGAAAACUGAAAAUAACCGAGUAAGUGACUGAAAUAAGGGAGGUAGGUAGCUUUGACAGGGCUACUCUUCCUUGUUCAGGCUUAACUGUGCUUAUUUCAAGUAGUUACUCGGUUAUUUCAGUUUUUCGAAGUAUGUACUUCUACUGGUUUCUCAUGCCUACAUGCCUCUCAAUCCAUCGACGGAUCUUUACCAACAUCCAUCAGGAAGCAGACACGACGUUGAAUCUGGCUGGUUACGACUACACGUCCAUUACGUGGCUAAUGCGCCAAGCAGGCGACGAGCUCUUGCGCACCAGGCAAAAACGAGUUGCGCUCCGAGGCCACCUCGAGAGUGGUACUAGAGCAGACCUAAAAGAACGAUCGACAAGCGGUUCCCCUCCUCACCAGAAUAAUAGUGCUGCCAGCAUAUCUGGUGCAGUUGCAGCAGGUAGAAGUACAACGGGGGGUGCGGCAAGACCUGCUACAACGAGAAGUUCAUCUUCCUCACCUCCAAAGAUCAAAGGAAAGAAUAAAAUGGCAACGACUGCAGCUGACGAAGAGAGCAAGGAGACGAGAGCAAAAUUCUUUACUGGAGUCGCACGUGCUUGGUUCCAGGUUGACCCUAGUGAGGUGGAAGGAGCCACUGCGGCAGCAUUGGCGGGAGAUCUCCGGUUGCUCAGGGAAGGGCUGCAACGCAGAAGACUGCGGCGAAAGUACAAAUGGCGGCUUCUAAAACGGUUAGAGGAGCAUCAGGAUGCAGCAGGAGGAGAGGUGAAUACUUCUAUUGCGUUGAAUUUACUCUUAACUAGACAUUAACAAUGUUGUGGCGGCUUUGAAAUAGGGUAAUCUUCGCGUUCUCUCUGACCACAGUGACACCCGUACUCCCUCAGCCCUAAGGGAACCCUAACCCAAAUCCUAAAGAAGAAUCAGCAUCAGUAACGCCACAUCUUCUCGACAGAUACCAAGCUCAUUACGGCGAGGACGAAACCGGCGAGGACGCAGUAAAUCUGCGCAGACUUCUUCAGCAACAGAAAACGUCGAUAGCCUUGGAGAGGAUUUAUCUUAAGGCUACCGCUCAACCAUCCUCAGCGUCAUCCUUGUCCCCUUUUCUACUUGAAGAAGAAGCCGAGGAUGCACUCUUCAGGGAUGCCAACGCGGUCGCUCUAAUUAUCCGAGUUUUCUAGCGAUUCUUCUUGCUCGUCCAUGGAUCGCGAAGACGCAGACCCUUUUCACACAGAGAUGGAGGAAAAGGGUGCAUUUUUAUUGCAUCACAACGAGAACAGAGGCAGAACAGGCAGAGGGAGACCAACUGAUCCGGUUACCGAAUCAGAGACGAUUCUCUACGAUUUUCUUGGAACCAGCCAUGCUUUCGGCCCUGAUAGUGUGAGGAGAAGAACGGAGCAGAGGCCGACGGAGCAGCUGCUGGGACCUGCCCACCGUAUUACAACUAGUGGGGGAUCAUUCGGAGCAGGCGGUGCUGGCGUUUCUGGGCAGCAGGUUGAAGAGAAUCACUUGUCGUCACGGUCACAUCGUCGCAAGUCUUCGUCAGCGGCCUUUCUGGCUGCAGUUUUAUCAAGGGAUGCCAGGAAAACCAGUGGCACAGCAUCCAGAAGCAAUAUGAUCACGAAGAAGAAAGCAUCGACGUUCUAUUCUGAUCAUCUCUAUGAAGAACAUGAUGUAGAAAUUAUGGGAGCCAGAUCUUCACCUCAGUCUACUGCAGUCUCUAGGAGUGUUGUACGGCGCGCUGAAGAUGUAAAGUCGGAACUAGUCCUUAGCAAGAGCCCUUUGAUAGGAGGAGCAUUAUCAACGCGACCACGUCGAGACAAAAGGGAGCAUUCAUCGUCACCAUCACCACAGUCUAAGACUACCACCAGUUCGAUGAACGCUAAUGUAGGUCAUAAUGGGCAACUGCAAGAUACUAGGAUGCCUGUGGUGCGCGGUCUUGUAGACCAUGAGUCAAAGUCAGAGAAACGGUCACUCGGAGAUCCGUCUAAGCGGAUAAUCGAAGGUGUCCAUCGGGCUCUGAUUCCUUCAGACCACUCGGAUAGUAGUUUGUCUUCAAGUAUCAACUACAAUUUCAACAGCGACGAAGAGGAGAGCUGCGAUGAGUGGCCCUCAACUUCUUCUUCUGGCGACGAGAAUGUCCUCGCUAGUGGUGGAGGCGUUGCUUCUGUUCCUCAAGGGCGAGUGUUCGCACAACAACGUCGGGUGCCGCCACCAAGAACAGCCUCUGCAUAUGAUCCUAGCAAAGUAGGAGUUGACUCGAAAAACAGCAUGGCAUCCACUCUGUCCUCUGUGGGUGGCACAGAAAGCGCCAGAAGUACGGGAGGCGUUAUUCGGAGUCUAAAAAGCAGCCCCCUUCCCGGAAACAGUCCCACAGGAGAUCAUGCAGAUUUUCUGCCUUUCUAUGGGAGUGUUGCGGGGUCUCCGGAAUCAUCCGUGGCUUCGAUAGCACCCGAUAGUCGUCGUGCAGUAUUAGGUGCCAAAAACAAGAAGCAACUACCAAUUCAAGAAUACGAGUCAGGGCCAUCCCCAUCCGGAAUUCCAAGAAUACGAAAAUUUUCGGACUCAUUGUUACCCGGUCCAGGUCCUGGUCGUGCCUUCUUGUUCUUUGCUGACCAAACGAAGACACGAGCCGAAGAGAGCGCCACGACGCCGAAGCAAGCUACUGCGAGUGCGACGGGGGCAGCGUCUAGUUCGUCUUCAACCUCUGUUCCCCUAACCCCAUCUUCACAGACAAAAGCUAAUAGCAGUGCGACAGCUACUACAGCAACAGCAAAGACAUCACAACAAGUAGCACCAGCAGCGGCAGCGGCAAAGACAUCACAGGUGCUAACGGCUCCAGCAUCUUCCACGUCGCAAACUCUAGCUCCAGCGACUAAGGACGACAAACGUGCAGAGGCCAGUCGCAAGCCACCACCUGCAGCAGCGACAAGCGCAGCGCCAGCUUCUAAGGCAUCAGGGACCACAGCAUCAGGGACGACAGCAUCUGGGACCACAGCGUCUUCCACCCCGACUGCGUCAUCCACUCCGACUGCGUCAGCUAAAGCUCAAGCUAAGGCAGAAGGAGAGGGCGUGCCUCCACCCCUGGCUAAGACCGCAGGAAAAGGAGAAGCUUCUUCCUCGUCUAAGGCUACUCCUCUUUCCUCCUCAAAAAAGGCCGAAUUGAGUAGCAGCGCAAGUAGCAUUGGCCUAGGAACUAGCCGUAGCUCUUCGACCACGGCUAACAAGAACGACUCUGGAGCUCCGGGAAGCGCAAUAACUGGAAGCACAGUAACUGGAAGCACAAUAACUGGAAGCACAAUAACUGGAAGCACAAUAACUGGAAGCACAACUACUUCUGCAGCUACAACUACUUCUGCAACUAGUACUACUGCAACUACUAGUGCUAAAGCAGAAGCAGUUGUCUCAACUAGUAAAGCAGAAGCGACACGACCUACAUCAACUUCAACAAAUAGAGCCUCCUCGCCUAUUGUGAAAAUAAAGGCUCGUGUUUCGUCUGUACCGAUAGAGGAAACAUCUUCAUCUGCACCAACAAGUGCCUCAGCUGCUGGUCUUGAUUCGGGAACGACAGCUGCUACAGCUAGUGCAAAAGCUACGCCUGGCACAAGAACUACCACAGGAGCAACUGCCUCUACAUUGCAGUCUUCCUCCUUAGGAGCGACAUCCAGUCUUCUACCUUCACCAGCGAAAACUGCAGCCUCUACUCUUGCCUCGUCUCUAGGCGUUGCACCGAAGGGGAGUAACUCCUCCGUACCUUCUCCCGCUUUGGUUGAUAUCUCAACUUCGCCUGCAGCGGUAGUACAACAGCGCUUCAAGGCUCAAAUUAAACCGCCUGUGCCUGUUUUUCGACACUCCAUCGAAAAUAAGACUAGCACAACAGGUGUGAUCGGAGGAGAACUGGGAAACCUUGGAUUAAGGCUACCGCUGAAGCAUCCUCAGCACCAUCCCUGGCUUCUUUUUGAAGGGGAAAAAGGGCUCAGGGAUGGACUCAAGGAUGCGACGCGGUAGCUCUAAUUGGAGGGGAAGGGCAGUCAUCGCCUAUUCGUACUGCUAAAAUACCAGAUCGAGCCGAAUUAGCUGCAGUUUAUAGCGUGCGUGCAUCAGCCUUGUUUCAACAAAGCUCUGCCCCGAAAGCUGAGAAGAGUGCCAGUAAGUCAGCUGGUAGUAGCCCUAGUGCCAGUCCCACAACAGGAAAGGACAUGGAUGGAACUACAUCAAAAACUACAGAAGAAUUAAGGCUUCCCCUAAUCCGUCUCAUGAAGCACGAUCCUGCACGACCCUAGCGAGGCUCUUCAAGGGGGAAAAAAGGGGCCCAAAAAAUGAAUCUCAAGAUGGUAUGAAUCUCAAGAUUCUAUGGAUAUUUAUCCAUACUUGUCUAAGUCUAAAACAAGAGGACGCUGGUGUUGCUGACACGGGGAGCGAUAUGACUUUCUACCAGCUGACUCUCCUCCUUCGCGCAGCCCGCAGAGCAGGUAAGCGGCAUGAGAACAAGCGCUGGGUUCAGGUUCUUCAAACGGCUUGCCGCGAAGCACGUCGAGGAUGUGACAGUUUGGCGAAGCAACGGCAACGUCUAUUAAGGGUUGAAAGUUGAUGACCUCUCUAUGGGUCCCCCUCUACAGGCUUCUUUAAGUACUACUAGCCAUAGGACGACCUCUCUAUGGGUCCCCCUCUAUAGGCUUCUUUAUAAGUACUUAGGAAAGAGAUAGAUCAUAUGGUACGAGCUAGAGCGGUCGACUUUCAACCUCUAAAUCUCCUUCAGGAUAAUGAUGGAGAGGCAAACUCGAUUUCUAUAAGGGCUAUGGAGCAGAAGGAACAACGCAUGUGGCAAACAAUGCUGAAACAGCUAAGAGACGCAGCGGCUGAAGAAUAUCGGACGCUAUCUUCUUCUUCUGUAGGAGGAGGAGAGGGGGAGGGAUCAAAAUCCGGCGUGAACGUUAAGGGUGGUGCGUUUACCUCCUCAGCAGCUGAUGGGACCACAAGCUCUGAAAUGCAGCGUGCUAACGAAACUAUAGCAGCGCUUGAGGCAGAAGGGCUAUUCCCAGAUCAAGAUGGCGGCUCUCCUGAUCAACAGACUACUUCUUCUUCUAUAGUGUCUUCACUGAGUCCCGGAAAAAGAACGAGUACGGUGGAGGAGGCAGUGAGUAAGGUAAGGAAUCCAUCUUCUUCUUCAGAAGCAUCUACGGGGACUAAAGAUGUUCCCUCUGGUGCAGGAACUAGUGGACAACUAGACAACGAAAGGAGCCUGAACGUCGAGGAGUCUCUUCGCCUCAGAAACGGUUUAUUGGCGGCACAGAACUUGGAGAGUGCGCGCUACGUGCGGGAGGUGGAAAGGGUAGUCGAGAUUCUGCAUGCUGCGCGUGCCCAUGAUCAAUUAAGGCUCGAUGCAAUUCAUUUCCAAGGGUCCUCAUUUUCUCCGGUCGUUUUCCCCUUGGCAUUCCGAAGAAAUUUCCCUUUUUUACUUUUCUCCCAUUUCCCUUCUUGUCCAUCGUUUUCAGCUUCGUCUUCUUCCGCACCCCCGACUUCAUUAUGAGGGGCAGAAAUGGAUUGCUUUGUUGAGCUCUAAAUCAAGAUCUGUACCAGAAAAAGGUGAAGGAGCUUCGUGACAGUCAUCGAGAACUGCGCAACAGCUUUUCUGAAAAGGAAAGCACGAACGCGAGCCUCAUUGCCGUGGGAGAGGAAGCACACGAUGCAAUCGUGGAGUUGGAGAAAUUAUGUGUCGUGAAAUUGAAAAGAGCUGCUACUAGCUUCUACUUCAUGUCAUGUCAGGGAAUUGGCCUAUAUGCCAAUGAUGAGGUGCUAUCAGGAGCCUUCGGAAUUACUUACAAACAACAUAGAGGAGCUUCAGCUCGAACUUAGUCCCAGCGCGACCACAACGCUUGAAAACUUAUCUAAUUUUCGAGCGCGACAGUCUGCAUGUUGAAAGUGCUGGUUAUCAGUCGGAGCUGAAGGCGGCAAGGGAAGAACUUGCGGAACAAGCAAGAGUUUCGGAGCGGGACUCGAGAUUGAGUCGUGAACGGUACGACUCGAUGCAGGAGUUGGAGCAGCAGCUUCGACAGCAAAGACAAGUCGACGAGAGAACGCAAACGCUAGUGCAGCACUUGAGGGAAGAAAAUUAUGAUGGUUAUUUAGGAUGUGGUGUUGUAGUCUAGUUGUUGGAGUUACGGCACCUCAAGUAGGUUUAACGCCUCCUCGGCCGUCUUUACAGCCGCAGGAAAGGUAUCAUUCCGCCGCUGACCUUGUAUAGUCGUUUGGGAUGCAGUAUGAUGAGGCUGAAAUACUUGAUCUUUUUUUUUCUCUUCACGAAGCUACCUGCUCCAAAAAUCCAUAAUUCUUCCCGUAGUAUCGCAGUCUCGAAUGGUGUCUCUAUUAGUCAAUGCAGUCUAUAGACAGAUUCCGAGUAAAAGUCUCUAUUUGCCUACGCAGUCUGGAAUUGUAUCUCUAUCUGUCUUUUCUCUUCUUUAACUCCCCUUUUCUCUAAUUCCCCUUUUCUCUUCUCUAACUCCCCUAUUCCUUAACCGAGCAACGCGACGCUCUGCGCAGAGAGGUGCAGGAGAAGGGCACACAACUCUCGCGGCUCCGCACCGACUACGAGACGGCUUAUGCCAGGUUGCGCACGAAAUUGGAAGAGGACGUGACACGUGUGACCGAAGAAAGAGCGCGUUCCGAAAAAGAGCUGCUUUUAUUAAGGCUUGCCAUAAUUCAUCUUCUGAAGCAUCCUGAGUACUUAGGCUUUUCAAGGGGAAAAGGGGAGCGGGAUGCUGCUCAGGAUGCACUAGGGUGAGCUCUAAUGUUACAAAUAGAAAUGAUGCAGCGCGCCAAUGGGUCACUCUCAGGAUUUGUGCCUUGUGGGAACGCUUUUGUCCCACAAAGCAGGACAGAUAAUAUCAAUGAGCCAGCACUUAAGGCUCAACUUUCAUUGGUCACUGAAGACACGGAAGAGGAGACUCCUUGAGACAACAGGGGAAAGCGAAGGGAAAGGGGAGAGCUUUGAAGCGGGUCUCUUCCGUCCAGAGUCGGUGACCAAUGAGUGCCGAGCUUUAACGCACCAGUAACAUCCAGCGCAUCAUCUUCUACGUUUACUAGUGGUUGUAGCACUAGCAGAGUGAGAAUGUUUCAUAAUUCACCUCCUGCAAGUUAUGAACCUCCUAGAAGAAGUAAUCCUGCUAGUAUGGGGGGACGGCCACAGACUUCUUUUGUAGAUAGAACACAGAAGCAGGAGGACGAUUAUUACGGAGAGGAGUUAGAAGCGCCGUCGUCUUCGUCUAGAGGUCAUCUCCAAGGACGAACUUUUGAUGUUGAAGCUAGUCUUCAAUCUCGAAUCGAUAACUUGAUGCGACAGAUGGCGGAGCAAUCCUCAAUUCAAGGCUUCCACUGAUUAUUUGCAGUCUGGAAUUCGAGGACCAGAUCCAUUCCAAUACCAAGUAGUUGAUAUCUUUUGAUUUCCAAUGACUCCAAGUAGUUAAUAUCAAUUCCAAUACCAAGUAGUUAAUAUCUAUACAUUUAGUUUUGGUUAAUGCGAAGAAUCUGAAUCCCUAACCUAUCUAACCUUUCUUUUUGAGCUGUCGUUUUUUCUGUUUUCGGGUUUGAUGGAUUCAUAUUGUGAGGAUUGAUUUAUUGCACAUGAAAAGUCUUUUUUCUAAGAAAGAUCUUGAUCAUCUCACAUAGAUUGAGGUAAAGUGAACUAUUUGGGGGAAUACUAGGCCUACUUUAGAAGUAUUAGAAGUAGUUCCUUGUCGUUGUACUCGUUAGCGUAAAGGGUACUACAGUGACAUUACAAUCGACAGAGCAACAGUUUGGACAUAAACGGUAACAGUUUGGACAGUCUGUGUGUAACAGCAACAGUAUUUCUAAUCGACAAAGCAAAGGCGUGAAGAGAACCACGCAAAAACACCAGCAGCAUCAUUCCACCACUUCCGAGACAUUCCACCUUCCAGAUCAUUGUACAACCAACAACAGCAUUCCUAGUCACAUUAGCAAUCAUUCCACCACUUCAUGUGCUUGAAGAUUUCCGCGAGGCGACAAUACCUGAAUGAGUUUGCCUGUGUGAUUAUGUACAGGGGUUGAC